AUGGCUCAGACCAGUUUGCUGCAGGGAAAGCGCUUCUACUGCCGCGAGUGGGUGUUCCAUAAGAUCCAGCACUGCCUCCAGGAGAAGAGCAACAACCUGAGUGGAUCCACUGGAAUCAAUCCCAAUAAACAGCCCCCAGCGGCUCCCAGCGGGGGGCCGUCCUCCACCACUCCCAGCGCCCUCACCUCCGCUCUCCCCAGCACCAGGGGCGCCUCAUGGGGGGUGCUUCUAGUCGGGGGUCCUGGCAGUGGGAAGACCGCUGUGUGCUCGGAGCUGCUGUGGCCCACGUCGGUCCAGCGCAACUUGGACCAGCACGGCCUGGCGUUCCACUUCUGCAGAGCGGACGACGCGGAGACGCUGUGUGUGGGGGGGUUUGUGCGGGGGCUGGUGGCUCAGAUCUGCAGCAGUGGGAUUCUGCCCGGAUACCAGGAGAAGGUUCUGGAACCAGCAGCACAGAGCGCUCUGCAGCCGGGGGAGUGCGAGAGGAACCCCACCGAGGCUUUUAAGAGGUAA